GAUGGAUGUGAAAAUUGAGAAUAUAAAAGACAGAAAGGCAUAUAAUGAGUUCUCACUGGAAUCAUGGGAGGUGGGUAAAUUGAAAUCCCUAGACAGGCGGAUUUAAAUCAUCGGAGGCUCCGCCAUGAUCUGAAUCUCUUAUAAAACCAACAAUCAGGCAUCUGCAAUGACCGGCAAAAUAUGAACGGAAACAAGAACAGGAGAGCUUCCGCCGUUGGUGACAGGCCGAGAGACACAACCUCCGGCGGCAUUUCCGUUGGGGAGAUGAAGAAGAAAUCGACGCCGGGAAUGGGCAAUAAGGACGGCGGCGGGUGGUCACUGAGAAACGCUCAUUUCAUGACUUGGACGGCCGGGGAUGCGUCGAGUGUGGCGAGGCAACACACCGUACUGUGCGCCUUCUUCUUAGCGGUCCUGUCAUUUAUGGGGGUGGAGUACACCCUGCGCAUGAUCCCGCACGAUUCUCCUCCGUUCGAUCUCGGCUUCGCCGCCACCGUCCAUUUGCAUCGCACGCUUGCUUCAUCACCGGCGGUCAAUACGCUCCUUGCGGCCCUGAAUACGGCAUUUGUGGGGAUGCAAACGGCGUAUAUAAUUUGGGCGUGGCUAAUUGAAGGGCGCCCAAGAGCCACAAUUUCGGCUUUGUUUAUGUUCACCACCAGAGGAAUUCUGGGCUACGCUACUCAGUUACCUUUGCCUCAGGAUUUCUUGGGAUCAGGAGCUGAUUUCCCAGUAGGGAAUGUGUCUUUUUUCUUGUUCUACUCGGGGCAUGUAGCGGCUGCUGUGAUUGCCUCUCUUGACAUGAGGAGGAUGCAGAGGACGGGGUUGGCCUUGGUCUUUGAUGUGCUCAAUGCUUUGCAAGCACUUAGGCUGCUCACCACCAGGGGUCACUACACCAUUGAUUUGGCCGUCGGUGUUGGUGCUGGUCUGCUAUUUGAUUCCCUGGCCGGAAAAUAUUUAGAACGUAAAAAAUUGAACUCUUGAUGAUACCUGUCACUUGGCUUAGUGUUAAAUUUUGUUACUACCUACUACAUAUUUGAUAUUCUGAAUAAAUCAUGGACGAAACUAUUCAGACUGGCCAUGUAUGUAUCUGAUUCAAUGCAUUGCGAAUGUUUCAGUCCAGUCUAUUCUCAUUGGCUGAAAAUUGAUUUUACCGAUUGUUCAUGGAUAUUUUCGCACUAUUUCGUGAGGUUUUGGUUGAGUUUAUAUAGCCUUAAUCUUGUUCGGUCUAUGGAGAUGAAAUGACUUUUAUCUCAUGUCGGGAAUAAAGUCUCAGAGCAUGAAUCACUAUCUCUGGGGAAACAGAUGCCCUUGCAGCUAAUAACGCUCCAGUUUCCACGCACGGUCUUCUUCAGCACACCAUUAUUGGGCUUGGCUUGGAAUAUGAUCGAUCCCCUGGUCACUUCCUUCCCCUAUUUCCGUGGAUCCCUCACUUCCAGUGAUCUCCAUAUGAAGCUUAUUGCACAAGAACAACACGUCUUAUUCCCUUGGGCAGAGGAUGCUUCUGCAUAUUCUCAUCUAUCAGGUCUUUGUUGCAGCCUCUUCGGGGACUCUCCUGUAUCCUGACCACCAGUUUCCUUAAACAGAAACAUGACUCUUGUGUGUAGUUUCAAUGUCCUAGUUGUCUGUAGAUACAUUUGUCUCCACUAAUAUCAUAACUAAACAUGUCUGCAUCCUUGUCUGAACCUUUAAUAUCCAAAUAUAACACCACACUCUAUCCCUCUAAAAGAAGCUACAUAGACAAUGUUUC